CGCCGCCGCCCGUACCUCCGCCUCGGCAUGAGCUGCGCGAGCACAAAGCCCGAGGCGGGCGCCGCUGCCGCGGCCGCUGCGCCACGAGAGUGCCCCGCAGAGCGCUACGCCGAGCUCACCGGCAGGGCGGAGGUGGACGUGAAGCACCUGGGCUUCUCGAUCGGCAGCCUCCCCAGGACGCGCCCCGUGGGGCGGGUGGUCGUAAGCACGGUGCGGCCCUGCGGCUGGGCCGCGGCGCUGGGCGUGCGGGAGCGCGACCGCUUGGCCCUGAUCGACGGCCACCCGCCCGACGGCAUGGCGCCCCGGGAGCUGCUCGCCGCCAUGAAGGCCCGGCCG